AUGCUGAUCGCGGCGUCAUUGAUGGGAGGCGGAGCUGCUGCUGCUGGUGCCGCUGCUGCUGGUGCCGCCGCUACCUCCAACGGGGCCAUGGCAGAAGAUCUUACCGCUUCGGCUGGUCCCACCUUGGCGUCUGCAACCGAAUCCGACUCAGAAUCAGAUCUCAACUCCGGAUACGCUCUGCCGCCAGCGGAGAUCCUGUCCAUCGUGGAUGCGCCGCCCAAUCCCGCGCUGUCGUUUAGCCCGAAGCGGGAAAGAGUGUUGUUCAUGCACCGACCCUCCCUGCCGCCCAUUUCCGAGCUGGCUCGGCCGGAGCUGAAGCUGGCUGGGGUGAGGAUCGACCCCGAAGCGCACAGCCGCAGCAGAAUGUCGUUCUACACGGGCGUGACGAUCCACAGGGUGAAUGAUGACGACACACUGGGGGACGCGGUGGACAUCACAGGGCUGCCGCCUAACAGCAAGAUCAACUUCCUUUCCUGGUCACCAGACGGGCAGCACUUGGCGUUCACAGUGCGCGGCGAUGGAGAGGAGGGCGACAAUGGCGAGAAGCAGGCAGGGCGCCAGCUGUCAUUGUGGGUGGCUGACGUGGCAACGGGCAAGGCGAGGCAGCUGCUGGGGCCGCCGCAUGCAGCAAUCAACGCCGUGUUUGACUCCUAUGCGUGGCUGGACGGCAGCACGCUCAUCGCGAGCAUCAUCCCGCCUGGCCACCCGCCUCUGCCCACGCGCCCUGCCGUCCCCCCCGGCCCCAAGAUCUCGGACAACCAGGGGGGCGUGGCGGCGCAGUCACGCACGUUCACGGAUCUGCUCAAGGACGAGUUUGAUGCUCGCCUGCUGGAGCACUUCGCCCUCUCUCAGAUCGUCAGGAUUGAUAUCAAUGACCCGGAGGGAUCGAUGACGCCCAUUGGCCCUCCGGACAUGUACAUGUCGGUGGAGCCAUCGCACGACGGCAAGUACCUGCUGGUGGAGCGCAUGUGCCGCCCCUUCUCCUUCGAGGUGCCCUGUGGCCGCUUCCCCCGCCGUGUGGAGGUGUGGCGCAGCGACACGGGUGACCUGCUUCAGCUGGUGGCAGACCUACCGCUGGCGGACAACAUCCCCGUGACAUUCAACUCCGUCAGGACGGGCCGCCGCAGCAUCAACUGGCGCCCUGACGUGCCCAACUGCCUCUACUGGGUGGAGACACAGGAUGGGGGAGACGCCAAGGUGGACGUGUCUCCGCGUGACAUUGUGUACACACUGCCGGCUGACUCCGCACCAGGCCAGCAGCCUCAGGAGAUCUGCCGCCUCGACCUGCGCUACGGAGGUAUCACGUGGGGUGACGAGGGUCUGGCUCUGGUCUACGAGAGCUGGUUUAAGACUCGCCGAACCCGAACCUGGGCCAUAGCCCCGGGCGGCGCUUCCGGACCUCUCCCCCCAGACCAGCGCCCCCCGCCGAAGCUGAUCUUCGACCGGUCCUACGAGGACCGGUACUCUGACCCUGGCGGACCCCUCCUGCGCCGAACCAGCAUGGGAACCUACGUGCUGGCGCAGGUUCGGUUGCCAGAUGGCGCGCUGCGACUGAUGCUAGCGGGGGAUGGGGCGAGCCCGGAGGGCAACGUGCCAUUCCUUGACCUGUUUGACUGGCAGACGGGGGAGAAGGAGCGUGUGUGGCGCAGCGACACAGACAAGUACUUUGAGACCAUGUACUCGCUGCUGGGCGACCAGGAGGAGGGCCCCAUUGACCUCAAGGACUUGAAGCUCAUUCUGUCCCGCGAGUCCAAGGAUGACCCGCCACAGUCGUUCGUCAAGAGGUGGGCGGACGGGUCAGAGGUGCAGCUGACGAACUUCCCGCACCCCUACCCCUCGCUCCGCGGCCUUUCCAAGGAGAUCAUCCGCUACACGCGAUCCGACGGUGUGCAGCUCACGGCCAAGCUCUUCCUGCCGCCCGGCUACAACCCCGCUACAGACGGCCCAUUACCCAUGGUGUUUUGGGCGUACCCCCGCGAGUACAAGAGCAAGGAGGCGGCCGGGCAGGUGCAGGGCUCGCCCAAUCAGUUCCCUGGGAUUGGAGCGUCUUCGCCACUGCUCUUUCUGGCUAGAGGUUAUGCAGUGCUGAGUGGCCCAUCGAUGCCCAUCAUAGGGCAGGGCGAGGAGGAGGCGAACGACCGGUUCGUGGAGCAGCUGGUGUCCAGUGCAGAGGCAGCGGUGGACGAGGUGGUGCGGCGCGGCGUGGCGCAGCGCGCCAGGAUCGCCAUUGGCGGGCACUCGUACGGCGCGUUCAUGGCGGCUAACCUGCUCGCCCACGCGCCACACCUGUUUGCUUGCGCCAUCGCGCAGAGCGGCGCUUACAACCGCACGCUCACGCCUUUCUCUUUCCAGUCGGAGGAGCGCACGCUGUGGCAGGUGCCGGAGGUGUACAUGACCAUGAGCCCCUUCCUGGCGGCGGACCGCAUUAAGUCGCCCAUCCUGCUCGUGCACGGCCAGGACGACAACAACACCGGCACCUUCCCCAUGCAGACGGAGCGUUUCUUUGCAGCACUCAAGGGUCAUGGUGUAACCACCCGCAUGGUGCUGUUACCGCAUGAGGGACAUGGUUACCGCGCCCGUGAGUCGCUGUUACACGUGCUUGCAGAGCAGUCAAACUGGCUUGACAGAUAUUGCAAGAACCGGCCUGCAUCGGCGGCAGCAGCACCAGAUGACAAGGAAAGUGAAGCAGGAGGCAAUGCUGCGGGGAAGACAAACGAGCCGGUGGGAGCUGCAGUGGAGGGGGCUAAGGAAGAGGACGGCCAUGAGCUUGAUGGAUCAUGGUUAAGGGCAUCCCUGUGA